AAAGAUUAAAUGAUGAAAAGUAUCAACUAUCAUGGAUUCCUUAUAACGAAUUUCAAAAUAUACGAGAAAUAGGAAAAGGUGGAUUUGCGACCGUGUAUUAUGCACGUUGGCUAGAUAAAAAUAGAAAUUAUUGGAGUGAUAUUGUACUUAAAUUGAUUCAUAAUUCAAAUAAACAUAAUCAAGGAUUCAUUAAUGAG